CCCUAGGAGCUGGCUACAGCUGGCAUGCUGGGGAGAGGGGUGAGUGGAGGGUGUGUGCAAAGAGUGUAAAUGGGAGACUCAGGGAGUACAUCAGGAGCAGUUUGUGAGCCCAGCCUGGAUGGCCUCAAUGCACAGUGUGCAGGUGGGGGAUCACAGUCUGAGAAUGGGUGAUGAGGCUUGGAAAUCAGUGCCUGGGGUAAGGGUGGGCCUCACUGUGGAGGGAACUGGGGUGCGUGGUGUGCCAAGCUGGCACAAUGCUGCUCUAUGCCCAGGCACGGGGACAGAGGCACCUGCAGCCCCAGCUGCGCAGGGCUUACUGAGGAACAGCAGCCGGGUCCCCGCACCCCUGGCAGGGCAGCGGGGCGGGUGCGUGUCCUGGCCGUGCCUGCCCCGGCAUCCUGGGGCCGAGGAACAGGAGGAGCUGCCGCUGCCUCCCGGCUGCACAGGGCCCGUACCCCGCUGGCACUCGUGCCGGGACAUUUCGCAGCAGGCGCAAGCGCACAAUAAAGUCCCAAAGCAUUUCGGUCCCCAGCAGCGGCCCGGCCGUGGCACCCGCCGCGGCAGCCGCGGACGCUCUAGAGGGGCACGCCAGCUCGGUUCGCUCUCCUCACGGGCAGGCAAGGGAACAGCAGCGCGCUCCCGGGGGCUGUGAGGAAAGCACGGCGGGUCCCGGAGCGCAGGGAGCCGCGCAUCCCGGCGUGCCCCGGCCCCACGGCGCGGAAGAGAGCGGCAUGCCGGGAGCCGUAGGCUGCGCUCGCCUCCGGCCCAGCGCCGCUCGCCAGCCCGUGCCUCUGCGUGCCCCGGCCGCUGCUCCUGCUGCCCUCGGGUAACGCUGCGGCUCCGCAGAGCCCCAGGCUGCGGGCACCCCGCGGUCGCUGGGUCCCCGAGCGUUUUGGGAGGCGUGGAGCCCGUCCCAGGGAGGAGCGGGAAGCAGCAGCGGCUGCCGGCACCCCGCCGGUGUCACUGCCGGCAGGGGCGGCGCGGGCUCGCCUGGAGCGCAGGGAUGGGAUGCCCCAGCAGGAGGAGGGGGCAGCACCCGGCUCGCCGCCCGGUGCCGGCGGGACACCCUAAAUGUUCAUUUGGGCGUAGAGGUCUUGCGGUGUUAACACCAGCAAGCCGCGGAUAACCUGGGGAGGCAGCAGUUCCAGUGCCGUGUGCCUGCUGGUGCAUCUGGGGUGCUUAUUGUGAGCUGCGGCAGGACCUGCCCUGCAGCAAGCUCCCAGAACACAUGCCCCAGCUCUGCUGCUUGCAUUGUGACCAGAGCUGGCUGAGUAUCCUCACUUCUGUGCUUGCAGAUGGAGGGCUCCGAGGAGCUGGAGAGCAGCCUCCUGACUCAGCCCUGGGCUUCCGUGCGUUUUGGCGAGUCCAAUUUUCUUGCCAAAGUGUGCUUCAGGGAUACUGGCUAUAUCCUGCUGAUCUCUGACCUCAGCAGUGUCUGGUACGAGAGUGCAGGCGCCGAGGCUGUGGGACAAAGGUCCAAGGAGCUGAACAAGCGGCUGACUGUCCACGUGUCCUCUUUCCUGAACCACUUGUGCAACUUGAUGUGCCCCUUGCUGGCAGGGCAGCCAGGUGCCACCACUGCCUUCUCCUGCCACCGCUGUCCCAGUGGCCUCAGGCUGCACGUGAAAAGCGAGCUGUCAGGACUGCCCUUCUACUGGGACUUCCACUGCUGCCCGGCGCCCUUGGAAAUGGUGUCCCGUCACCUUGUGCGGCCCCUGAUUCAGAUGAACCUGGUGCUGCAGUGCCAGGUGCAAGAGCUGAUUUCCCUGCUGCUCCAGAAGGAUGCUGAGAUUGAAGAUUACAAGGAGAGCGGGGCCACUCUCAGCAGAGACCGCCUGCGGACAGAGCGCUUCCGGGAGGAGACAUUCCAGCAGAACUUCGUGGCUGAGACCCUGCCCCGGAUCUGCAGUGCGGGAGAAGGGCAGGCGUUCGCCUCUGCUCUGCAGCAGCUCUACACGGCAGUGACGCAGCAGGAGGUCAAGCAGGCUCGGAAACGGCAUUGCCCUGAGGAUGAUGUGGAUACAGCACCCACUGCAGAAACCACGAAGCACCCCCAUUCACCUGCUGCAUCCCAGGAGGAUGAAACAUCUUCCAGCGAGAGAACCUCGCCAGCCUCCUCCCCAGCUCAGAAGCCCCGGCUGCCUGCAGCCAAGGCCAAGCCAAAGAAAGCAAAAGGGCUCUUCAGCUGAAAGAUUGAUGUCUGAGGUUUCUGCUUCCCGCAGCAUCCAAGAGAGGCAGUGCAGACAACCCGCAUAUGCAUUGACUGCUCUUCUCUGCAUCUCCUCCUGGACCCUGCCCAGGUCAUGGUUCCUUCCCAAGAUGUCUCCAGUUGGGGAGAUGGAGCUCCUUUCUUCAACAGUGUUUCAGGAAACAGCUUUUCUAACUCUUCCCUGGUCCAGAGUUUGCCCAGGCUUCCUCUCAUGGCAGAACCAGUGCUGGACUGGGAGCAGUGGGAGGGAUGCUGCCAGUGGGUGUGGGACAUCUGGGGCUCUGGCAGAGCUGUGGGGUUUGGCUGCUCUUGGGUGGGUUUUCAAUAAAGGGCUGUGUCUGGGUGA